GAUGUUGUAGGUGGCUGCUCAGCCCGGGGUAACAAGCAAGUCCUGGCCGCUCCCACGCUGUUGGCAGGGACAGGGGCUCCCGCGGGCUACAUCCGGUCCGUUGAGCGUCUGCUCUCCAUUUAGGGAUCAGCUUCACAAAUAUACGUGCAAUGUGCCCUUGUUUCUCUAACCGUGCUCGGAAAUCCCAUGCCGUGUACAAUUAUCCUUUUGAAGAUGAUUUACUUGUCUCUAUGGAGUCAUUGACUUAUGAUACACCCGAUGGACCACGAUUAUGGGGUGAAGUGUCAGAAAAAAGCCUUAAAAAAUGGAAGAAAAAUUUAUAUAAGAGGGAGACACAUCAAAAAAAUACAGAAAUAAGAAAGCACUGGAUCUCUGAUUGUGAAAAUGAAGAUUUAAAAGGACAUCAGCAACCUGCUAGGAAAUCUUCUACAGACUCUCAUGGAGAGAUUCAAGUUGUUGACACAGAUACAGAAAGUGAAGGCGAUUUGGUUUCGAUAAGAAGAAAAUUUGAAAAUGUUAAUCUGAAGGAGGAAGUUACACUUGUAAACCCUUCUGAGUUGGAAAGGAGAGAGAAAGUCAGAGUUCGUGUGGACGUGAUAGUACAAGAUGACGAAAGAAAGAUCCCUAAAUGGAUUAUGGUUGCACCUAGAGAAAAAUCAGAGAGUUUUCAUAUAACAUUUCCAUGGAAAGAUCGGAUGGAUAUGACUAAAUCUCCAGUUGAUGAAAUAACUAUACCAAAACACAUAUCUUUACUGGAAAAAAAUGAAUCGGGAUAUGAUAGCUUCAUGGAAGAGUACCAAUCUGCAGAUGAAGAAUGUUCCUGGAACAACGUUACGCUUGCAGAUUUGUAUCCAGGAAUGGUGGAGAUACUUAGCAAGUUGAUGAACAAACACUCUCGAAGAAAAGCAGCUGAGUCCAUAAUCAGACACUACAAAUACAGAGAAUGGCUUCCUAAAAAAUCAAAGCUUAAUAUCACCUUAGAUAGAAUAAAAAGGUUCAGGACAUCUAAGUUGAAGCCUAUACUGCCUGAGACGCAUAGUAAUGAUCAUAAAUUGCCUGUUGGGAAAAAUUUAAAUGAGAGUAACCAACUUAUUUAUGAUAGCAAAUGUCAGGCACAGCAUGUGACUAAUGAUGAAUCUGGUGUGGUAUCUUGCCCACGUGUUAGUACAAGUGAAAUGGAAAUAGAUUGGCCUAGAAAUUUAGAAGGUAAUUCAUACAUUCAAAGAAUAGACCAAAACAUCUCAAAGUCUGUUUUUCCAAAUGCCACUGUUAGAACAGAAGAAACAUUUCUAACUGAGGGUCCCUCUCAGACCACUGUAUUGUUACAUGACUCAAAUGGCAGCCCAAAUAGGAAGCUGCCUGAAGUACUUUCUCUGGAAUGCUUUUCUUCUGUAAGUUGCACAACAUCUCCUUUUCCAACGAAGGAGAUCAGGAACAAAAAAAUUGACAAUAAAGAUUUCAGUGGUAUGUCAGGGUUCCCCUUGUCUACUUAUAAUGUGAAUGGCGAUGCUAACACCAUUCCACCACUUAACUAUUCUCUUGUAAAAACCUCAAGUACAUUAAUUAGAAAUCCUGAAGUAAAAACUUUCAGGGGAGGAGUUUCAUUGCAGCGCAGUCAUUCUUUUUCCUCGCUUCCUAUAAAUCAAAGUCCCGUCAAGACUCGCCAGAAAUGCGAAGACGAAUUUGAGAAGCUUUACCAGAAGCUGUGCCCCAAAGAACUUCAGAAACCUCUGACGUUCACAAAGCCUCUUUCAAAUCCUAAAGAAAAAGAGAGACUAAUCAAGUCUUACUUCUUCAAUUCGGUGAAGUCUCGUAAAAAAUAUGACAGUGCAUUUGACAAGGUUUACCAGAGAUUAUGUUCGGACGGGCUUCUAAAACUGCCUACAAUUCUGAGAGCUUCAAAUUUAAGGAAAUAUGAAGGUAUACAGAUGUCAGAAACUGUAAAUGCUCUAAUUAACUCACCCGUACGAACUUUACCUUCAGUUACCAGAAUUAAAAGAAUAGCAGAUUUCCACAAUGAUGAUCUUUUAACUUCACCUGUAAAGAGACUGAAAAAUAUACCUGAAGAUGUUUUUCCUAAAACAAGUAAUCAGACUCCUCAUAGAAAAAAUAAUCUUCAGACAACUGGCUUGGACUUCUCAAGUGUCAUGGAUGGGAUUGUUGCUGGCAUAUUUGAUAGCCCUAAUUGUCAAAGUCAGGCAUCUAAAAACUUUGAUUCUGGGUUUCAUGCAUCUUCCAACCAGACUUUUCUGGUUAGUCCAAGUACUUUUGUGCAAGAAUCCAGGAUUGCAAAUGUCUAUGCAAGUAUCCCCAGGACAUUACAAAGUAAUCACUCAUCCAGGAGUGCACAAAAAUAUCAACAAAGGGUAUCCAGAAAACUCAGUUACAAUGACGGGAGAGAGAGAAGCUCAGGUAUUCUUUUGGAAGACUUCAUUGCCAAAGAUACACAAGGAGCAUUGGUGGAAGGCUACAGAGAAAAUAUUAUUUUAUAAAUUUGCAAAGGCACCAAAGACAUUUUAAUUAAUCUUUGCAAUCUAAAAUUGCAUUUCUUGGUGGGAAGGCUGCUGAAGAAUAGUGCUCUAAUACAUAACUAAUCCUGGCAUGUACCAUGUUUCUCAUCCAAAAUAAGUCCUUGGAGAUCACCAUCAGCCAUGGCAAGUAGGGCACUUUCCUUGAUGAGGAGCCAAACAUUUGGGUCCAGAAGCCCACUGGAGGGAAUCAAGGUUCUUUCUUCAGGCUAUUUGCUUAACUUGUACAUUUAAUAGUGUUUGUCAUAAUCUAUUCUUGUGAUUUUCAAUUUUUUUGUUUGUAUACACACGGAUUUUAAUAUGCUAAUAUUAAUGUACAUAGGCUUUGUAUUCCAUCAGUAUUUCUAGCUCUCCCUGCUUUAUAUAUUCACAUAUUGGGCUCCUGAAUACACUGUUUUGUAAGGUCCAAAUGUAGUGCAAUGUGACCGUACUAUCAUAUUUGAAAUUUACUUCAGCAUAAUUCUUAAUUGCUCAAUAAAUUUUUAUAUUUAGUAAAGCAAA